CAUGAUAAAUUAGACUAUUCAUUUCACUCCAUUUCAGGUUCAAAUACUUAAAUCAGACAUAGUCUUUAUUAAGCAACAUUCAAUUACAUCUCAAUCGACUAUUAAAAGAAUCGAACCUAUUUAUUUAUCACCUACAGAGGACUCCGGAGCAUUUUCAGUUGAGAGCGUGUCUGGUGAGAGGCGGAUCGCUUGGUUGGAGCGCUUCCCUUCACUGGGCUGCUGCGCGGCUCUCUUGCACCUCCAGAGAAAGGCGGGGUGAGUCUAUCCGGUCUAUCCCAAGCCCUGUCUAAAAACGGACUCCUUCGGACAUCUGAGAAGGAAAAAAAACUCCGGGGCUGGAGCAAAGGCUGUUCAGAGGGAAACGCGUGUUGAGACCAUUAAUAUCUGAGACCAUUACGCACGGAGUUCAGAUACAGGAUUGACCGAGUCCUUCACGUUAAUGACAAUUUAGUUUAAUCACUUAAAAAAAUAUAUAUAUACAGUGAUACAAUCAUUUAGAAUAGAAAUAUUCGUUUGUUACAGAGGUGAAUUGCAAGAUUUCUAAAAACUCAAAGAUCUAUCGACAAUUCAAAAGGACAUUUCCAAGGAACCAUGAAGGAAUCAUCAACUUUCUGCCACAUGGUGACUCUGGUUGCUCUACUUCUAACAACUGUCUCAGCUACCAAGACGAACGUACCACGACUCAGACUUUCAUACAAAGACCUCGUGGCCACCAACCGGUCCUCUAUCUUCAGUGGGCAUGACGGUCAGCUCUCUCUGACCGCUGUGUUUCUGGACGAGUACCAUGACCGUCUGUUCCUGGGGGGCAAAGACGUCCUCUACUCCCUGAGACUGGACCAUACCAACCCGGACUCCAAAGAGAUCUACUGGCCUCCGUUGCCUGGUAACAAAGAUGACUGUGUCCAGAGAGGGAAGGAUUCUCAGACGGAGUGUGGCAACUUUGUGCGCCUGCUGCAGCCCUAUAACCGCACCCACCUGCUGGCCUGUGGUACGGGUGCCUUCCAGCCCAUGUGUGCCUACGUGUACGUGGGCCACCGUGGAGAGCAUGUUUUCACCAUGGACCCUACCAAUGUGGAGAACGGACGGGGGAAGGUUCCUCACGACCCCAGCCUCCCCUUUGCGAGCACCUUUAUUGGUGGGGAGCUUUACACAGGGCUGACUGCAGACUUCCUGGGUAGAGACUCAGUGAUCUUCCGUAGUCUGGGAGGUCGCUCCACCAUGAGGACUGAGACGGACCAGAAACUACUGCACGAUCCUAAGUUUGUUGCGGCCCACCUCAUCCCUGAUAACGAUGACCGUGACAAUGACAAGGUGUACUUCUUCUUCACGGAGAAAGCCAUGGAGGCCGGAGACAGGGAGGGAGCCAUCCACACCCGCGUGGGACGAGUAUGUGCGAAUGACGCAGGUGGACAGAGAGUUCUGGUGAAUAAAUGGAGCACCUUCAUCAAGGCCAGGCUGGUGUGUUCUGUACCCGGGCCUCAUGGAAUCAACACACACUUCGACGAGCUGGAGGGUAUUUUCCUGCUCAAAGGCAAGGAUGAGAAGAACCCAGAUGUUUACGCCAUCUUCAGCACCAUCAGUAACGUGUUCCAGGGCUUUGCAGUGUGCGUGUAUCGUAUGGCAGACAUCCGGGAAGCCUUCAAUGGGCCGUUUGCGCACAAGGAGGGACCUGACUACCAGUGGGGGGCUUACGAGGGCAGAGUGCCCUAUCCAAGACCUGGGGUGUGCCCCAGUAAAAUAACCAACCAGCCUGGCAGACAGUUUGGCAGUACCAAGGACUUCCCAGACACAGUGCUUCAGUUUGCCCGGGGGCACCCCUUGAUGUGGCGCCCGGUGUACCCAGCCAUGAGGCAGCCUGUGCUGAUCAAGGCCAACGUGCCCUACCGCCUCAAACAAAUCGUGGUGGACCGCGUGGAGGCUGAGGACGGACAGUAUGACGUCAUGUUCAUAGGCACAGACACAGGCACGGUGCUGAAGGUCAUCGCCCUGCGCAGCGGCAACUCUCUGGACACAGAGGAGGUCACUCUGGAGGAGCUGCAGGUCUUUAAGGUGCCAACUCCCAUUACCUCUUUGGACAUCUCAGUAAAAAGGCAAGCACUGUUCGUGGGUUCUCCAUUGGGUGUGGCUCAGCUGAGGCUCCACAGGUGUGAGACGUAUGGGAAGGCCUGUGCUGAGUGCUGCCUGGCCAGAGACCCCUACUGCGCCUGGGACGGCACCUCCUGCACCCGCUACACCUCGCUCAGCAAACGCCGCUAUCGCCGCCAGGACAUCAGGCACGGCAACCCGGCCCUGCAGUGUAUGGACCAGAACCUCAGUGUGGAGGGGUUGGAUGUGACAGAGGAAAGGGUUGUGUACGGGGCAGAGAACAACAGCACCUUCCUGGAGUGUGUCCCCCGCUCCCCCCAGGCCACCGUCACAUGGCUGCUCCAACGGGACGACCGCAAGGAGGAGGUGAAGCUGGAUGAGCGGGUGAUGCGUACGGAGCAGGGUCUGCUGUUCCGCCGUGUGCUCCGUCAGGACGAGGGUGUGUACGUGUGUCGCUCUCGCGAGCACGGCUUCACCCAGACCCUCACCCGCCUCUCCCUGGAGGUCCUGCAGGGGGACACACUGAGCGAGCUGCUGGCCCGUGACGACGCCCCCCUCGACGGUCCCCAGGGGGCGAAGGGCUACCGGGCCUGGCCUCCCUGCCACGCUCACAGGAGCACCGGCCCCCUCAGCCAACAGCGCUCCUGGUUCAAGGACAUCAUGCAGCUGAUUGGCCCGUCCAACCUGCCGCACGUGGAGGAGUACUGCGAGAGGUUGUGGUGCAACGACAAGCUGCGGCGCAAACACAAGAGCAUGCUGGACAAGUACCGGCAGGCGCAGGACAGCGCACGCAAGGCCCGCAACAAGGGCUCUGGGGAACGCAACCGGACGCCGCGGGACGUCAGCAGCCGACGGCCGUAGAGGGGAGGGAGGAACGGAGAGGGGGAGGAAAUAGAGGACUGGGAGAAGGACCACAUGACACGAUUAAUGAGAGACUGAGAGAGAAAAGGAAGAGGUGGUAGUUCCAUGUAUUGCAGGAAGAGAGACACUGCCAACAGACUGUGGUGUUAAGGGUUGUGUCUGAUGUGGACGGGGGGGGUGAGAGAGACCGGGACUCACCAACUCUCCUUGACUUCAUGAAGAAACCCUCAACUGUUUUCACCAAGGGACCCUUCCUCUCCAUUGCAACAUCAGUGACUCUGUAUAUGACUAUGGACUGACUGUACUGUGCUGUAAAUACUGUGUGGGGUUGGACUGCUACAACUGAUGACCUUUGACCCCUUAUGGCGCCCAUCUCUCUUUGGUCCGUGAGCCCAUUCCACACGAUGUACCCCUUAUGGCGCCCAUCUGUUUGCCUCACCCUGCACCUCAUCAUACUUCUUCUGGAAGAAAUGGGGCUUAAUAUAUAUUUUUUUAAAGGGUUCUGUGUCUUACUUCCUGCACAGUAUUGUCGUUGUUUUUAGCAGUGUAAUCCCAUCACCCUGAAAGUCAUUCACCACCGUACAGUACGUUCUCAAGCAUGCGGUGUUGAGUGGACAUCUAAGUGCACUCACACAUCAUCCAUCACACACUCAGCCAUAACAACGCACCAGAGCAUUGCUUUAACUGAACGUUUUCACGAGACGACUGUUGACGGUUCAACAGAGAAAAGGCCUGUUUGUUUUAUCAGCUAGACUCCAGUUCCCACCAUUCCUAGAUGUGUCGUUCCUGACAAUGGAAGGAGAAGAGCGGGUCGUUGGAGCUGAAUGUUCUGCUGGUGCUUUGUAAACACCACUUCGUUAUUUAAAUACAGGGUUAGCUAUGAUAUUUCUCUCUCUGUUGUUAAAAUGCAAUGUUUUCGCUGGCAGACUUCGCUGAAAAGCUCUCCUUUCAAGGGCACUGGUUGUAGGGAAAAGGGGGAGGGGGGUCAGAGGAGUGAAGGGACAGGGAGGAUGGGACAGGGG